UAUGGUUGAAGUAAACUUAUGACAUAAGAUAGUUCUGUAUCUCUAACCUCAAUAUAACCCUAUUGAAAUAAAAAGAAAACCGAUAGAAAUACAAAUGAUACAUUAAACUUGUAACAAUUACUUGUAUAUUUACUCAAUUUUUAUUUCUUUUUGAAAUACCCCGUAAAACUUAAAACAGUUAUGUCCGCUUUGAAACGGGUUCAACAAUGGGCUACAUUUGCACGGAUCUGGCAUAUAUAUGAUGCAGCCUGGCAAAAUCCCCUCAGUUCUGCAGAUUAUCUGAAAAUUUAUUUGAUGGGAGCUCAUAAACCUAUUUAUCAUCCAAUGAACGAUUGUGGAGACCAUGUUAUAGUUAUAAAUACUGCAGACAUUGCUUUACCUGGGGAUGAAUGGAAGAAAAGAGUAUAUUUUCAUCAUACAGGAUACCCGGGUGGAGCUACUUGGACAUUGGCAUGGGAGUUGCAUAACAAGGACCCAACAAUGGUGAGAUAUGUUGUUCAAAAUACAGUGCUAACGCAAAAAGUCUUUCCCAUCUUCAUCUUUUGAACAGUUU